CCAAUUAUGUAUCUGGAAAGACCCUAAAAUUUUGAAAAUCUCCCGAGAAAUUCCCAGGAACGAAAUUGCUCUACGGUUGAAGAUUCACCAUCAUUUUUAAAUGGUGGUGAACUAGCAUAAGAUUUUUAUCUAUGACAGAAAGAUGUCUGUCUACUGAAGCCGAAGAAAGGAGAAGAAGCUGAGGUCUGAUCACGAGCUUGGAUUUUCGUUGGAGGAAGGACAUAAAAAAGCAACGGCUAGGAUGGAAAGGAAGAAGGCAUGUGUAACGGGAGGGACCGGAUAUGUGGGGUCCAUCCUCGUUAAACGGCUGUUAGAGAGAGGGUACGCCGUCAACGCCACCGUCAGAGACCCAGAAAAUAGCAAAAAGGUGUCCCACCUCUUAGAUCUACAAGUCUUGGGUGAUCUAAAACUUUUCAAGGCAGAUCUGAAAGAGGAAGGCAGCUUCGACGACGCCGUCAAUGGCUGUGACAUCGUCUUCCAUGUGGCCACCCCAUUGCACUUCGAGUCUACAGACCCAGAGAAUGACAUGAUCAAGCCAGCAAUCAAAGGGACAUUGAAUGUUCUGAAAUCAUGUGCCAAAGCAAAGACUGUGAAGCGUGUGGUCUGCACAUCAUCAGCAUCUGCUGUGUCACUGAACCAGCUCACUGGGAUGGGCCAUGUUGUUGAUGAGGAGAGCUGGACCGACGUCGAAUAUUUGACUUCUGAGAAGCCUCCGACUUGGGGAUACCCAGUGUCGAAAACCCUAGCGGAGAAGGCGGCAUGGAAAUUCGCCGAAGAAAACGACCUCAACCUCAUAACCAUUGUUCCUGUUCUCGUCACCGGCCCAUCUCUAACUCCGGAGGUCCCAAGUAGCGUCGUCAUCGCUCUAUCCUUGCUCACAGGGGACGAAUCCAUGAUCAACGCUUUGAAAGGCAUGCAACUGAUCUCAGGAUCAAUCUCUCUUGUACAUGUGGAGGAUGUAUGUAGGGCCCACAUCUUUGUAGCGGAGAACGAAUCAGCUUCCGGCCGUUACAUAUGCUGCGCUGUCAAUACAUGUGUAGUGGAGCUUGCCAAAUUCCUCUCAAAACGUUAUCCAUCUUACAAUGUCCUCACCAAUUUUGGUGAUUUUCCCAUGCAUCCCAAGUUGAGCAUCUCCUCAGAGAAGCUGAUUAAAGCUGGAUUUAGCUACAACUAUGGGAUUGAAGGGAUGUACGAUGAAUCGGUGGAGUACUUCAGAGCCAUUGGAUUGUUGGCCAAUUGAGAGUUGUCUAUUCUUCCAUGUUCCUGCAAACUACACUUUUAAAAUUGGUGUAAUACCUCUUAAGAAAGAGCUAAUGUAGAUGCAAUGCCUGAUUAUCUAUCUUCCAACCAACGAAUGUGUAAGUCUGCUGUAAUCACUUGUAUUAGUAAGAUGAAUGUCUACAAACAUGUAUGCCUACCAAACCUUUGAAGACAUAAUCACAUUAGCCCGUUUAGGUCC